AUGGAAAGUGGAAGAAUCAGUCCAACCAAAUCUUCAUCAAUCGACACAAUUAGUAUUUUGGUUGUAGAUGAUGACGCAACAUGCCUCGCCAUUGUUGCUGCUAUACUCAAGAAGUUCCAAUAUGAUGUUGUAACAGUGAAGCAUCCAAAUGAUGCCUUAUGCACGCUUCGUAUCAAGGGUGGCGCCUUCGAUUUGGUCGUAUCCGACGUUCACAUGCCAGAUAUGAACGGCUUCGAACUGCAACGAGCCAUAGCAAAAGAAUUCAAGCUUCCUGUAGUUUUGAUGUCAGCAGACGACAAAGAGAGCGUGGCUCUCAAAGGUUUGGAGUGUGGUGCUGCAUUUUUCAUAACCAAGCCGGUUUGUCCAGAUGAUUUUAGGGAUUUAUGGCAAUUUGCUGCCAUCAAAAGGAAUAAUAUCAAUUCGGAUGAAAUAAUAGCUGUUUCUUCAUCAUCAGUCAAUGAGGAUCAUGCCAAGAAUAAAAAAAAUGGGGAAAAUUCUCAAUCUUCUUCACAGAAAAGACCUAAAAUUGUUUGGACUAAUUCGCUGCACAAUCGUUUCUUGGAAGCUAUUAGGAGUAUUGGCCUUGAUAAUUACAGAAUGCCUUUGGUAGUUCAACAUCAAUCAAUAUUUGAUAUCUCCGAAUUCGAUAUGUUGUCACCUCAACAAGCUUGUUUGGGCACUAAUUUGCAGAAUCAACUCACCAUUCAGAACAAGCCACAGAUUCAAAGUAACCAAUUGAGUUACUCUCAAGGAUUUACCACCUCUUCUCAACUCAAUGGAACGGUACUUCUACCAACUAAUGAGCAACAAGUCCUUCAUGGUUUAGCCAACUCUCUGGAGUUUGGCACAUAUGCUCAGCUAAGUAAAACUUAUGCUGUUUCUCCUACUCAUGAGCGAAACGACGACGACUUUCUGGAAUCUUUACUUGCCCCAUUUGCAGAGGAUCAUUCCCUCGAAGGAUCUAACAUGUAA